AUGUCCCACCCUGGUGCUCAGAUCUCCAAGCGGAGAAAGUUCGUCGCUGACGGUGUCUUCUACGCCGAGCUCAACGAGUUCUUCCAGCGCGAGCUUGCUGAGGAGGGCUACUCCGGCGUCGAGGUCCGCGUCACUCCCACCGUCACCGACAUCAUCGUCCGCGCCACCCACACCCAGGAGGUCCUCGGCGAGCAGGGCCGCCGCAUCCGCGAGCUCACCUCACUGAUCCAGAAGCGAUUCAAGUUCCCCGAGAACUCCGUCUCCCUCUACGCCGCCAAGGUCCAGAACCGCGGUCUCUCUGCCGUCGCCCAGUGCGAGUCUCUGCGCUACAAGCUGCUCAACGGCCUGGCCGUCCGCCGUGCCUGCUAUGGUGUCCUGCGCUUCAUCAUGGAGUCCGGCGCCAAGGGCUGCGAGGUUGUCGUCUCCGGCAAGCUCCGUGCCGCCCGUGCCAAGUCCAUGAAGUUCACCGACGGCUUCAUGAUCCACUCUGGCCAGCCCGCAAAGGACUUCAUCGACAGCGCCACCCGCCACGUCCUGCUCCGACAGGGUGUCCUGGGUAUCAAGGUCAAGAUCAUGCGCGGCUCCGACCCCGAGGGCAAGGCCGGCCCCCAGAAGUCUCUCCCCGACGCCGUCACCAUCAUCGAGCCCAAGGAGGAGGCUGCUGUUCUCCAGCCCGUCAGCCAGGACUACGGUGCCAAGGCCGCCCAGGCCCAGGCCAGCCAGGAUGCGCGAGUUGCCGAGCAGGAGGGUGCCGCUGAGGAGGAGGCCCAGCCCGCCGCUGAGGAGCAGCAGUAG